AUGGCUGCAACAAUCGACUCUACUGGUGUUGACCAUGGCAAUAACGUGGAGAAGCGUUCAUCGGCGGUCACGCAGACUGAGCCAAAGCCCGACUAUGAGAAUGGCUCAUCUGAGUACUUGCCGGAUCCCGUCAAAGAGCGCAGGAUGAUGCGCAAGUUUGAUAUCUUUGCUCUCAUCUCGCUUGGUCUGCUGUACAUGAUGGCCAAUUUGGACCGCAGCAACCUGGGAAAUGCCAACAUCGCAGGCAUGCCCGAGGAAAUCGGUCUAGUCGGUAACCAGUUCGGCAUUGCCACAACUCUCUUGUUCGCAACCUAUGUUCCUCUCGAAGGCCCAGUGGCUGUGCUUUUGAAGAUUAUAGGUCCUAAACCCUUGAUCUCGGUCUGCGCCUUUUGUUGGGGAGCCUCGACUCUGGGAAUGGGCUUCAUCCAAGGCUACAAGGGUCUCUACGCAUGCCGUCUGCUUAUCGGGCUCUUUGAAGCAGGACUGAUCCCCUGCAUCAACGUCUACCUUGGCUGGGUAUACAACAAGUCGGAGCGAGGCAAGCGAUCCUCCGUGAUCUUCGCCUUCAGUGCCUUCUCAAGUGCCUUUGGUGGAAUUCUGGCCUUCGGUCUCACUCAAAUAAGUGGCCCGAAUGGCUUCUCUGGAUGGCGCUGGCUGUUCGUCGUGGAGGGUAUCAUGACGAUUGUUCUGGUACCCAUCUUCUUUUUCAUCUUCCCAACGACCCCGGUCGAGGCAUGGUUCUUGACUGCGGAGGAGAAAGAAAUGAUGCAGGCUCGCUAUGAUGCUGACCCAAGCUGGGGCUACACUGAGACAUUUUCCGCGAAAGAAUGUUUGAAGGCGUUCGCCGACCCCAAAUGGUACGCUUUCUUUUGCUACCAGUUCUCUGUCAACAUCACAUUGUACGGCAUGACGACUUUCUUACCGGCUAUUGUGCGUGGUCUUGGAUAUACAUCGGUUCGCGCCAACUUGAUGACUGUUCCCAUAUAUUUUUGCGCCUUGAUUUUCUUCCUGGGGCUGGCAUACUGCUCAGACAGGACCGGCAUGAGGGGGCCGUUCCUUGCGGGACCACUUGUGCUGUUGAUCAUUGGUUAUGCGAUUCUGAUCAGCGUCGACAACCUCAAAGUGCGAUUCUUCGCCUGCUUUGUCACCGCGUUAGGAAUCUAUCCAACGACUGGCCUGUCUUUGAUGUGGCUGCAGGACAACGUUGCCAGGCACUACAAGCGGGCUACUAUGGUUGGAUUCACAUUGUGCCUUGGUAAUACGGCCGGCGUAGCAGUUGGGCAGAUCUUCACAGCUCAAACUGCCCCACGGUACAUUCCCGGCUUGUCAAUCGCUAUGGGCCUGGCUGGGUUCGCUCUGUGCAUCGUUAUCGGGAUGAUGACUACGAUGACCAUUGUCAAUCGAAGACGCGCUGCCAAAAUCCUUGCAGCAGAGCAGGCUGGAACUCCGAUCUCGUCAAACCCGGAGCUCGGGGAUUACGAUGUGCAUUUCAAGUAUAGCAUUUAA